AAAAAUGGCACAAAUGCAAAACUGUAAUAAAAAGUUUUUUAUCCAAUCUUUUACAUCUUCUCAAGACGAACUGUGAGCCCACCAUUCUAGCCUUUAUACUUCGUCGUAUUCCUUUGUAUCUUACCUAUUAUCUUUGCUUUCCGAAGCUACAGAGAGUUCUUGUCAAGAUCUGCAUGAGCAGCUGGGAGUCCUCUGAAGCCCAUGUUCGCGUCCUUUCCUAUUUAUGCAUUCACUGCGUUGCUCAAGAAAAUCCGCAUAUGCGGAAAUUCUGCUUGAAAGGGCUUUACUCCACUUACGUAAAAAACUCAAAGUUUCUAUCAAAACACACUUCUUCGGCUUUACAGUUUAUGGAAAAUUGCUGUGUUGAGAUAUUUGGUUUGCAUAUUUCUGGAGCUUAUGAACACGUGUUUCGCUACAUUCGUCAACUUGCCGUAUUGAUGCGCAUUGCAAUGACUACCACUAAAAAGGAGACCGUCCAAAAAAUUUAUAACUGGCAAUACAUAAGCUCCAUAAAAUUACUCUGCCGUAUUAUUUCUACUUAUAAAGAAGUUUUAAAAGAGUUGAUCUAUCCUGCAGCUCAAGUUUUAAUCGCAACUAUAAAAUUGAUUCCUACUGCCCAGUACUUUCCCCUUCGUUUUCACUGUUUAAAAGCUUUAAGAGAAUUGUCGCCUUCGGGAUCCCCUUUUAUACCAAUGCUUCAUUUUAUAACGGAAGUUUUAGGAUCCGUUUACGUUAAAAAUAAACCGCAAAACUUUUCUUCUAAAGCAACUGAUACUGAAUUUACUCUACGGUUUAAGAAAAACUUUCUUGGGAGCAAACUAUUUCAAGACUUUGUUAUAAACUCGGUUAUACACGAGCUUUACGCAUAUUUUUCUGAAUCGUCCUAUCACGUGGCUUUUCCAGAGCUUGCUUUGCCGGUGAUGGUUCAGCUGAAGCACUUUUUGUUAAACACUAAAAAUCUUCGUCUUUCUAGAGAACUGAAGCAGUUGUUAUCUCUGAUUAAAAAAACUAUAGUUUUUAUUGGCUUCGAGCGACUUAAUGUUUUGAAAGCAAAUAUGACUUCUACAUCUAAACAAACUCCGAUAGAUGAGUUUUUUUAUAGAUGGCGUUCUUACUAA